UCGGAAACAAGAAGACCACAACCGGAGUCCUCUAUAAUAUCAGUAGCAGAAACGGGGUGGGGAAGUCUCGGGUACAGGCGGUAGUACCACGAGCAAACUUACUCCUACAGCAGGAAGUACUUUCAUGAAGACGAAGAAAAUAAAGCUGGAACGAGCAAUGGAUACCGCAACGAGCAACACAAGAGGUGGAAGCGCGUUCGCCAGCGAUAGUUCUACGAACCUGGCAACCGUGAUCAAAGGCCUCAAGAAAUUCGACGGAAAGGACCCAGCUGAGUUCAAGACAUGGAUGAAGAAAUUCUGCGUGGCGUUAGGUGUGACCAGGAAUGACAUCCUGCCACUGCUGAAGAAACAAAGGAAGCCAGAUCCCGCAGACACAGCGGCCUUCGACUCCUACACAAGGGCAAACGAAGAUCUCUACGCCAUUCUUUUCCUCCUAGUGGAACUUCCAGCCGCCUUGUCGAUACAGAAGCACGAAGACGACACUGGCAUCAGCGGCGACGGACAAGCUGCCUUCGAGGAGCUCUGCAACAACUAUGACAGGGUAACGGACGAGGUCAUCAGGGCCAAGAUGGAGGAGCUGGAGAACAACCCCAUGAACCCUGGUGAAAAUCCCGACGACUACUUCAACCAGAAGCACCUACUUCGUACCCAGCUGGAUAAGAUGGGAGAACCCAACUCCGACCGCCGCGUGAAGGACAUCUUCGUACAGGGCUUCUCCGACGAGUACAAGGACGUCAAAGUGAUGGCGUUCAGAGACCCAACCUUCAACGUCCUGGACAUGCAAUCCACCAUGCGCAACAUCUUCUUGGACGAACAAUCGUGCAAGAGAUGGAAGGGACGCAUAGCUGGUCGAGGAUUUGCCAUGGCAACGACCGCGUCUGACAUCAUCUGCCACAGAUGCUACGAGCCGGGACACAUCAGGAGGAACUGCCCCAAGAUCAAGAACAGGGCGAAGAAGAAAACGAAGCCCGCCGGAGCUACCAAGUGGUGCUCCAAGCACAACACCACGUCUCACUCGGACGAGGAAUGCUACCAGCAAGGAGGAAAGCGCCCGGAAGACACCAAGGACUCAAGUAAAGCAUUCACCGCGUGCUCCAACUGCACUCACUGCUCGUCGGCGUCCAACAAGCACGACUCAAACAAUGAAGUGGCAGUUGUCGACUUCACCCGGGAGGAGGACGCCUUUGACAUCGGCUUCAUGUUCGCCACGUGUUUCCGCAUCUCAGGACGCAACUUCGCCGCGAGCUCCACCGGGGUAGGCCUGCUGAGCGCGGACACCUGGCACAGGAGGCUUGGACAUCUCAAUGCUCGGAGCCUAGACACCCUUCGGAAGGACACCGGUACCGGGGUGGACUAUCGCGACAGUCUCUCCCCUUGCGGGGUCUGCCAGAUCGCGAAACACAAGCAGUCCCCCCACCCGAAGCAAUCGACUCGCGAACUAUCACGGCCUGGACAGCUUGUGGUCAUCGACAACAUGGGGCCUGUUAAUCCACCUGCGAAAUAUAAAGGAGGCUCCUUCCCGUACGCGUGCAAGAUCACCGACGACUACACGAAGAUGAAAGAAGUGUACCUGCUUCGCAAGAAAUCUGACACGACCGAGGCGGUGCACACGUACAACAUGUGCGUCGCAGCGGCAGGAGGCUACCGGAUCGAGACCAUCCGCUGCGACAAGGGAGGCGAGAACGCCGGAUCCGAAUUUCGGAACUACUGCAAGAAUUCAGCUAUCAAGCUCGAAUACGCCGCCACCAACACCCCUCAACAAAUUGGUGUAUCGGAACGGGACGGACAAACCCUGGCCGGAGUCACCCGGUGUCUUCUGAAGGAUGGAGAUUUUCCGCCGUCCAUGUGGGGGGAGUUAAUGCUGACUGCAGCAUACCUGUUGAACAGGUCCUCACACUCAGCACUGGGAGGAGCUACGCCAUACUCGAAGUUGCACAAUCAGUCACCUGAUCUCUCGGGACUUCGGGUCAUUGGAGCGCGCGCCUUCGUACACCACGAGAGAUACCGAAAGAAGCUGGACGACAGAGCUUUCGAAGGCAAGCUAUGUGGUUUCGGCCUCGACAGCCAGACCUACUGGGUAUUGAAUCCAUCCAACAGGGCCGUGGUCGAGAGCCGGAAUGUGACUUUCAUCGAAUUUCCACCCCGCUCAGUGCCCUUCCAGUAUUCCACUGAAGCAAACGGGUACGAGAGCGACGUGCUGAGGUUCACCUCCCUGCUGGACAGCCCCCACUCGACGAGCGACCUGGACUUCACGCCGCAGAACGAACUCCUUCGGCAAGAACGCGAAAUAUGGAAAGGAGCGUGCAGCAAGGAAAUGAACAAUCUGCGGAAACACAACGUCUACAAUCUGGUGCCCCUCAGCAGCGUUCCCAAGGGAGAGAAGAUCCUCGGAACGAAAUUCGUCUUCAAGAAAAAGCUGGACGGACGCUUCAAAGCUCGCCUGGUAGUCGGAGGACAUCGUCAAGAGCCAGGACAGGACUACGGACGCAGCUACGCACCAGUAUGCCGUAUCGGGAGCAUUCGCAUGACGUGCGCCAUUGGCUGCCACAACAACUGGCCCAUCUACCAACUGGACGUUGUCGGUGCCUUCCUGAACGCCCUCUGCGACAGAGAUGUGUACGUCAGACCCGCCCCCGGUACAUCCGCCAAGAACUCCGCGACGGGAGAACCUAUGGUGUACAAACUAGAACGGAGCCUCUACGGCCUAUCGCAGUCGCCUGCGCUCUGGAACGACACCCUGGACGAAUCCCUCACGGUGUUCGGAUGGACAAGGACUCAGUAUACCAGCGGCAACAUCAUCGUGAUUCUCACGGUCUACGUAGACCANCUGGACGUUGUCGGUGCCUUCCUGAACGCCCUCUGCGACAGAGAUGUGUCCGUCAGACCCGCCCCCGGCACAUCCGCCAAGAACUCCGCGACGGGAGAACCCAUGGUGUACAAACUAGAACGGAGCCUCUACGGCCUAUCGCAGUCGCCUGCGCUCUGGAACGACACCCUGGACGAAUCCCUCACGGUGUUCGGAUGGACAAGGACUCAGUAUACCAGCGGCAACAUCAUCGUGAUUCUCACGGUCUACGUAGACCACAUUCUCAUCACAGGAGGAGACCAGCAGCUCGUGGACCAGAAGAAGGAGCUCAACUUCAAGACCUUCGGAUCGGUUCUCAUCAACAGCGACAGCACCGGAGCGCUGCCAGUGGCCGGGAAUGCCAUGCACUCUCAACGCACGAAGAACGUGGCCCUGAGGUACUUUUUCAUCCGGGAGCUAGUACUACGGGGACAAAUCACUCUUCACCACCGGCCCAGCGAGCACCAGUUGGCUGAUAUCGCGACCAAGUACCUCCCAAAGCACCGAUUGCCCUCCAUCAUUCAGCAGAUCAAGGACUUCUCGCGUUGAUCGAAGAUCUGUGAAGCUUCCUUCCAUACCCGCCAUAUGAGAAGGAAUUUAUUUUCGAUACGAUGCCAACAGAGGGGUCGAGGUAGACAAGGAUAUGGUGAUGCCGUCGACCAUUGUGAAUUAGUUGAUUGAUC